ACAGCAGCAGCCUCGGAACUAAAACCAACGUGACAGACUGGAGUCUUAACAACACCACCCGAGCAAACAGCAGCAGUUUCAGAGAAAGCCUAAUUUAGUCAAGACUCAAGAACAUAUAGCAUACGGAGACAGCGUGUUGUCAUUCGUCGACCGCUGCAUAAGGAUAACGAUUAAAUUCCAGAUCGAGACUUUAGUGCCAACCGGCUCGAACAAAAACGAACGCAACCCGCAGUGGAUAUGGUUGCAUUGUUCACGUGAAAAGAAGAAAAUCGGUGGUUUGCAGCAGAUCAGCGUUCGGUCGCCCGGAACCGGACUGUGUUGUUGAUUUCUCAAAAUGUUUAAUCGCUGGAAAUAUUGUUUCGCUGGAUACCGAUUACAUUAGGAUCAUUGCAACUGUAUUUGAAUUUGGCCUGUCGUGGAAACAGCGUAGCGAGUCUCCAGCGUUGUGCUACAUCUGUGGAAUUUGUAAAUUUUUGACCAUUCGGUUUUAUAGCUGUAUUGUGCAUUUUCAACAUUAAUCUUUUGGCGAUUACCCUCUUAAAUUAUUUGCUCGGACAACUCAAGCAACUGCAGCCGCCGCUUUGUCUACAUCACAGCAUAGGGGAAUGGAUAUCACGAUACAAAAGUAAAUCUGGACCAGGGUUUGGGAUUCAGAGCCAGGUUUCCUGCACUCUGUGAAGGUGUAAGAACAUCCAGGCUCUUGCCAUUUUCCCUCUUGCGGUCCCUUAUGCUCAAUGACGGCUGUCUCUGGGUCACUGCAGGAUGGAUGAAGUGGAUUUGACAGUUAUCAUCUGUCACCGUCAGUGCUCGAUUCUCAGUGACUGUGUCUUAUGCUUUUACGUUUAUAAAAGAACACCUCCUCUCUUGGGCUCUGGCCCCAUAUACUGUAAGAGUAACUGUUAAUAAGGAAUACCCCACAGAGGGGGCCCUCCAUCAAACUCUUGUUCACAUUUUCAUAUUUUUUUGCAUAGACUUUUUUUUGUGCCACAGUCAGGUGUUUGUUUGAGUUUACAUUUGAGUUUCUUCAUUAUAUUUUAUUUAUAAUUUUGGGAUUUUCUUUUUGCUUUGAGAGAUGUCGUCAGAAAAUCCCAACAAGGUGGUGACCUUCUUGGCCCCACCACCUCCAAAGAAUGUGAAUGGGUCUGGUUCGGACUCACUGGUGGGUGAGAAGCUAGACACAGUGGUCAGAAAGCGGCGUCACACCAUGGAUAAAGACCUCAAGACAGCUGAGCACAGAUUUUUUAGGCGCAGUGUCAUCUGUGAUUCCAAUGCCACAGCCCUUGACCUGCCCAGCAAAGCCUGCAUCCUCACCUCGCCACCUGACUGUGAGCAGUUUGUUGAGCCUGUAGUGCUGAGCUUGGCCCCUGAUGUAACAUCUGACUCACGGGUGGCUGUUUCAGAGGUUGUAGUGGAAGAACAUGCUGAAGAUAAUGGAAAUGUUGGAAGAGGCGCAGGAGUUGAUGGGACAGUGGAGGUACAGAGUCCAUCUGGUCAGGAUGUAGGUGCAAGGCAGAGUGAGGCUCUUGGGAAAGUGGAGACGGAGCCUAGUUAUGUGGGUAACCAGGAGCAGGACAGUGCAGCAGCUGAUAAACGUGAGGAAGAAGUGGCAAAGGCCCGUGCAGAAGCUGAACAGAGGGAGGCUGAGAAGAAAGUUCAGGAUGACAUAGAAGAAGUGGAGACCAAAGCUGUGGGCACCUCACCCGAUGGACGUUUUCUCAAAUUUGACAUAGAGAUUGGACGUGGCUCGUUCAAAACGGUCUACAAGGGCUUAGACACUGAGACAACGGUGGAAGUAGCAUGGUGUGAACUUCAGGAUCGGAAGUUGUCGAAAUCAGAGCGGCAGCGGUUUAAAGAGGAGGCAGGCAUGUUGAAAGGGCUGCAGCAUCCAAACAUUGUGCGUUUCUAUGACUCGUGGGAGUCGCCUUCCAAAGGACGCAAGUGCAUUGUGUUGGUGACCGAACUCAUGACGUCGGGUACCCUAAAAACGUAUCUGAAGCGCUUCAAAGUGAUGAAGAUAAAGGUGUUGCGGAGUUGGUGCCGGCAGAUCCUGAAAGGCCUGCACUUUUUGCACACCAGGGCCCCUCCCAUCAUCCACCGGGACCUUAAAUGUGACAACAUCUUUAUCACUGGUCCCACCGGCUCGGUUAAGAUUGGUGAUCUGGGCUUGGCCACACUCAAACGCUCCUCAUUCGCGAAGAGUGUCAUAGGUACCCCAGAGUUCAUGGCGCCUGAGAUGUACGAGGAAAAGUACGAUGAGUCGGUGGAUGUGUACGCCUUCGGAAUGUGCAUGCUAGAGAUGGCUACCUCUGAGUACCCAUACUCCGAGUGUCAGAACCCUGCUCAAAUCUAUCGCAGAGUCACCAGUGGAGUUAAACCUGGCAGUUUCGACAAGGUAGCCAUUCCAGAGGUGAAAGAGAUCAUUGAGGGAUGUAUUCAGCAAUACAAAGAUGAAAGAUACGCCAUCAAGGACCUUCUGAAUCAUGCCUUCUUCCAGGAGGAGACAGGAGUGCGAGUGGAGCUGGCUGAAGAAGAUGAUGGGGAGAUGAUUGCCAUCAAGUUGUGGUUGCGCAUUGAAGAUGUAAAAAAACUGAAAGGCAAAUACAAAGACAACGAAGCCAUUGAGUUCUCUUUCGACCUCAACAGGGACGUUCCAGAAGAUGUGGCUCAGGAAAUGGUUGAGUCGGGCUAUGUUUGCGAAGGUGACCACAAAACCAUGGCCAAGGCCAUUAGGGACCGUGUGGGCCUGAUCUGCCGCAAGCGUGAGCAACGACAGCAGGUGCGAGCCGAGCAAGAGAAACGUAAGCAGGAGGAAGAACAGAAGCAACUGUCCAGCGAGUCUUUGAAGAACGUGUCCUGUCCUACAGGAACCCAAGGUUCUGCACAGAGUCAUUGCGGAUCCCAGCCCACCACACCUGGCCUCAUACAGCCCGAGUCUGAAGAGCUCGAGGCAGACCAGCAGCUUCAGUACUCUCAAGUAGCUGACGGGACUUUUGACAGUGGUCAGGGUUCUUCUGUAUUCUCAGAACCUCACCUCAGCCAGCUCAACAUGUCUUAUAACUCACCGCCAACAUCACAACCGCAGCAGGUGCCUGGACAGGGUGCCUUCCCUCCCACCUCUCAGGCUCUCCAACAGCAUACUGCAUAUCCCCAGCAGCCCAUGCCACAGUCAGUGAGUCAGCCGUACAGUGGAGGAGGCUCAGGUCUGGUCGAGCCCCCGAUAUUUUUCCCCACCAUCCCGGAGCGGCCCGUCUCUUUCUCACCCCCUCCGUCUUGCCCGCCUAAAGGUUUCAACGUACAGCGUCGCAAGAGCACCUCCAUCCUGGAGGCCCACACACGUCACAUUCAGCCCGCCUACCACUGCAGCUACGGCAGCAGCCUGCACCCAUUCUCCGGCGUAGAAACCAUUGGUCCUGGUGUUGAGCCCUCCUUGUUCAUGAUGCAAGGCACAGUGGCUCAAAGAUUAGCCAUGCCACUGCAUCUGCAGCCCCCAACAGAGUCUCUAUAUUGUUACAAAGAUGUGAGGGCAGAGCAAGAGGAGGCAGUCCGCAGGCUGAGUCUCAACCAAGCUGCAUUAAUGGACCAUCUCGAAGCAAUGGCCUAUGCCAGUUACCCUAUGACGCCACAUCAGUUAAGCCACAUCAGUUUCCAUCAACAGAUGCAGGUGGCCGCUGCUGCCAGCUUGGCCUAUGAGGCUCCACCACAGCAUGGGCCAACUUACCUGCACCCUCAUGUCCAGAGCCACACACGCUUGACACACAGUCCCAUCCCUCAACUGCCCCCCAUGAGUGUGCCUAGUUCGGCCCCUGUGGCAGCUGCUGAAUCGGGCUACCAUCCCCACUCGUUUCCCCAUUCUGCACCACCUGUGCUGGCCCACACAGCCGAGCCUAGCACGGCUUUUGAAUUUCAGAUGCACAACCUCCAAGCAGACCCAGCCAUGCUGGCGUCCAGACUAUACCGAGCCCGCCGUGGCCCCAUGGACCUUAACAUGGAGGAAGGGUCCAGCAACCCAGGCAUAUGCGGUCGAUUGCAGCCUGUCACGGAAGAACUCUACAGCUAUGUAAGCCCAGAGCUGCCCCUUCCCCCAGGUAGCCUGCUUCUCCAUGGACCCAAAGACCACAGUCCUGAACCUUCAAGUGACUCAGUGACCUCCUCCGAUGCUGGGGAGUUCCACUCACCACCCCCUCAUCCAUUGUACCAACUUCCAGACUGUUCUGCUGCUCAAUCCAUUCCACAAACUUCUUAUUACAAAACAGAUGGAGGGAGCAAUGUCAGCGACGGACAUCCACCCAGUCAGCCAUCAUUUUUGUUUGUUCCUCCUGAGUCGACCUGCAUUCCAUCCUCGCACAUCAACACUCUGCACGGUACCUGGGCCCGGCAAACAACCCUUCAACCGGACCUCACAUACCACGAACCUGCACUGUCCCAUCAGGGCGCUGCCUUGGUGCAGGUCCCCAUUACCCAGCCCACAAGUGCUGUGUCCCUGGUUUCCUGCAGCACCCCAUCGGCCAUCCUUGCUCCUCAGCAGUAUGGCGGUUACUACGUCCAAGCACUCCCUUCGCAGGCUGUUGUUCCACAGCAGGUCUCUCUUGUGCCCACGUCUCUGCCUGGUGUUUCAAUACCCCAACAGCAAGCUCCUCAACAGCCUUCCAGCACCAUGGUUCAGAUCACCUCCCAGACACAAAUCCAGCCCGGGGCGCAGCCCACACAGCUUUGCAAUACAACUCAUGGUGUGCCACCUGUGACAGUGCCACCAUUGCCGCUCCCAGUAACAGUGGCGCAGCCUCCUGAAGCGCUGAUGUGUCUGGUGGGCGUGUCCUUACCACCAACGUCCUCAUCAUUGCUGCCACCUGCCACGUCACUGCAACCUCAGUUGGUUCAGCCUCUAGUGACACCUGUGCCAACCAUCCUUGUGUCCACAGUACCCACCCCUACCGAACAGCCAUGUUUGCCAUCAGAUGCACCAGUGAAGACAUCUCACACCAUCUCUCAAACUUUGACAACAGAGCUGUCACAACUUCAAACUCCAACAGUGGAGAGCUGUCACUCUGAUGUUGCCUCUGGCCUCAGUGAUGGCAAUGAGGGCAUAACGGGAGGCAGGCAUGAGGGCCGUUCUGCCAAACGGCACCAGCGAAGAUCAGUGCGCAGCCAUUCACGCCAUGAAAAGACCUCAAAAGCCAAGCUCAAUGUUCUCAAUAUUUCCAGCAUGGGCGAUAGAGUUGCAGAGUGUCAGUUAGAAACACACAACAGGAAAAUGGUGACUUUCAAGUUUGAUCUUGAUGGAGAUAACCCAGAGGAAAUUGCACAGAUAAUGGUUCAGAGUGAAUUCAUUCUAGAGAGUGAGCGUGAGUCCUUCAUUGAGCAGAUCCGAGAAGUUAUAGAAACAGCAGAUGAGAAAGGUGUGGAAAGAGAACGUAGCCAGACUGUCACCGUUCAAGAGCAACAUAAAGCUACCACAUCUGCACCUCUUGUGCAAGGUAUCCCGCCUAGUUCAGCUGCCCAGGUGGUCCACUCAGCAGGCCGCAGGUUUAUCGUGAGUCCAGUGCCCGAGUCCCGACUGAAGGAUCAGUUCUUCGGUUCACCCCAACCUACAGUGCCCCUUCGAGAAGACCCUUCAUCCUUUGCACCACCUGCCCUGGGGCUCUCCAUGUCUGCAUCUGCAGUCAGUCUGCAGCAGGCCUUCUCUGAGAUGCGUCAAGGGCGGUUUGAACCUGGUCCCAGCACUGCGCCACCUAUGCUCCAUGCCACAAUGCCUCCUCUAGUACCUGCUGCAACACCCUUGCCCUCUAAUGCUGCCCCGGUGUCUUCUCCCCCUCUAGCACCAGUGUCCUCUGAAGUAAUUUCCUCACCAUCUUUACCUUCGAUCUCAGACAACCCACAAGGGUCAUCAUCACCUCCUCCUACCCUUCAGCAGGUGCCUACCUCUGCUGUGGUAUCCCCUGUGACUCAUCCACAGCCUGGCACUCAGCUCCCUCUGCCUAUAGGUCAAGUUAUACCUUCCCUCAUCAGUGUUAAUUCCUCUACCUCCUCUCUGCCCAUGCCAGUUGUGCCCAACACCAUCCCCUGCUCUACACCAUUUCCCCUAACCUCAGUCCCUAUGCCAGCACCCAUCAGCACACCUGUACCAACUGCCCCCAUCCCUCUCGCUCACCCUGUCACUCCUAUGAAUAUUGUGGGCUCUGUUUCCGGAGGAAGUGGUGAACAGCCACCCAACCCUUCCACCACAGCUCAGCUCUCACUGGCAGUGAUCCCUACCACAGCUAUUCAGACGCCACAACUCGCACCAUCCACCAUCGCCUCUACGGUUAUUCCCGCAACAGUUGCCCAGCCACAAAUGCCCACCAUCCAACCGGUUACCACUAUCAUGCCUGUCGUGCAGCCCACCCCUGUGCACAGCCAACCUCAGAGUGCCACCGUGCCCAACCAAAGCCACGCACAAUGUGUGGAGUGUGACAGUGACCCGCAGGGAAAAUGCAUCGAUGACAUUCAAGCUCUGGAUAAGAAGCUGCGCUGUCUAUUUAUGGACCUGAGCUCUGGACCUCUCUCUGCCCAGACAGAUGCAACAGACUCCAUGACGGCCUCAGGCGUCUCUGGCACUUCCUCACCAACUACUUGCGCCACCCCUUGUGGCACCCCUCUUCCUCCAUCUAGUUUACCCCUGAACUCCUCCAGCCAGCCCACAGGCUCCCCAAUGACAGCUAUGGGUAAUCCCUCCACCCCUGUGGGCUAUGGUCAGACGACCCCAUCCAAAGCUCCGUUAUCAAGAUUACCGGUGUUGCCUGUCGGCCCAGAUCAGGCUGGCACGCCACCCACAGAGCACCUACCACCCUUCCCAGGACCUUGUUUAACUCAGUCCCAGCAGCCUCUGGAAGAUUUAGAUGCCCAACUGAGAAGGGCACUGAGUCCAGAGACCGUCUCGAUCAACAGUGUCACACACCAGUCCUCUCUCACCGGGAUGCCAUCUGGAGGACAGCCAGUUCCGGUUUCUCUGGAUGGAGAGCCUGCACCUGGAGGCUACAAACGAUUUCAGAUGUCGGUGGCUCCUGAUGAGAGUGACCAACAGGCUACUAACUGCACACAGUACUCGUCUUCCACAUCAUCUUCCUCCACAAGUACCUCCUCCUCAUCAUCAUCCUCCUCCACUCUCUCCAGCCCUGAAAACACACUGCACAGAUCCUCCUCUCGCCUCAGAAACGCAACAACAGAUGUGGUCGAUGGUCUCCCUGCGCUUCCCAGCCAGACUGCCACCUCCACCCAGCCCACCACCAUCGGCCGUUUCCAGGUCACAACGAAGACGGACACCAAGGUGGGGCGUUUCUCUGUGAACAACACCCAGGAUGAGGGUCUUACUGCUAGCCUGCAACCCCCAGAACCCCAGCCAGUACCUCAGGCCUAUCCAGCCAUGGGGAAUGGUCCAACCCAGAGUACCGGCAGCCUUAACAACUCUGUCAGCUCUUACUUCAGCAGCGACAAUGACUCUGAAUUUGAAAACGAGGACUUCAAGAGGGAAGUUUGCAAGCUGAGGGAAAAGCACAUGAUGGAGAGUCAGGCCCUGUAUAGCCGACAGAAGGCUGAGAUCGACGUUCUUUUUACCCGCUUAGGCAAAGUUCCACCCACUAUGGUCAACCCGCCUUUAGUGAACCCGGCUUGUCGCAGACGACGUCCCACCAAAAGUAAAAGCAGCAAAUCCAGUCGCAGUAGCUCCCAGAGCAGCAAGAGUCCCAUACAGCCAGCAGCCAGCACUAUAUCAGCGCAGAGUGCUUCCUCCGUGUACCCGCCCCAGCAGGGGUUCCUGGCCCCUGGGGGGAUGAUAGAUGGAGGGAGCAGCCCUCUGCUCCAGUCCUUCAAGCCCUCUAAUGAGAACCUGUGCUCCGCUUACACCAGUGACGCCACACUCUCUGCGCCAAGUCUGUGUGUCAACUCGCAAGGCUGUGUAAAGUUCAGCUGUGGGUCGGAGAGAGUGACGUUCAAACCAGGUGGCAGAAGGACGCGUUUUCUGAGUACGCCCUGCUUGGCUCUUUGGAAGAUGGUGAAAAAAGUGUGCCCCUGCAACCAACUCUGUAGGACGAGCAGUACCAACACAGUGGCAGGAAAUGGUCCAAAUCAAAUCCAGCCAUCCAUCUCUCAGUCCCAGAGCUGCAAGGGGAUGUUCACAGACGAACUGCACAAGUUGGUGGACAACUGGGCCAGGGACGCCAUGAACCUGUCCCAGGGCAAGAAAGGCUCAAAGCACCAACAACAGGCUCCUGCUCAUGGCCACAGCUAUGACAUGGCCCCUCCUGCCAACAUGGGCCGUAAAUACUCUGCUCCAGGCCAGCUGUGCCCGAGCAUCACGUCUACUCUGAGCAAUCACCCACCUGUACCCAACACUCCCGCUACCUCUAUGGGGGCCCAGAAGGGCUCCUUGUGCCCCACGCAGCAAUACGGCUACUCCUCUGCACCUUACAGCACCCAGUGGGCUGGCUCGGCCACACACACCCAGGCCGGCCUUCUGGCCACCUCACAACCCGUGGGCCAGUUUCCACAGGUGCCCGCCCCCAUACAGACCUUUCACUUGAGCACUUUGCAAAAGUCAGUCAGCCAUCCCGGCGGACCCAACCUGAAGACCACGUAGGGCAGGGCCUUGCCACGCCAGGGCAAAAUAACUCUUGAGUUGGGGGUGGGGACAGUCACAGAGAGAGGCAUGGGCUCUAGAUUAAGGUAAAGUGGCUUUGGCGUAGGCUUGGGCAAGUGUGAUUGUAUUGCAGUCUUGUCCUAAGGAGUUGGCACAAAAGAUUCAGUCACAAGUAUUCUUUUGGAUCAUGGAGGGAUUGAAUAGGAUGGAGCAAAGAUCAAAUACAUAAAGGAAGGAGACGCCAGAAUGCACAUACAUCAAACCUGUACAAUACGCCAUGGGGUGAAUACACGAUGAGAAGACGCAAAUAAUGCAAUGCACACAAGAGUGCAAUGUUAAGUGGCCAAAGAAGGUUGGACAGUUUGUUUAAAAUAUCUUAAGGUGUGUUGUGACGGCAUCCUUCACUGCUUAGCCCCAUAAACUGGAGCAUAGUUGAAGCGGUUCAAAUUCACCUGUAUUUUGAGGUUUGCUGAGCUAAGACAAAAUGUACACCUCCUCCAGCCUCCCCAGCUGCCUCUUGUUACAUCCUCCUGAUAUAUUUGCAUUCACUGACUGGCCUCAAACUGGAUCAGGUCAGGACACGGAGGCUGAAUUGGAGCCAGGCAGAUGACGGCAUGUCCUUGUUUCCGUCUUGCCCUAAACCCUCUGCUGCAAUGCCAUGGAAUAAUGCAAUAAUUACAAAAUUAGAAAAAAAAAAACCAUUUUAAAACCCCAAAAGUGGCCUUCAUUCAAAAUGUUUAAAUAUGUGUACAGAUUACAGAUAUGGGUUAUGAUUCCGUUUGUUCCUUCGUUUGUUUGUAUUGUUGGUUUGUUUAGUCUCUAUGCCCUUCAAGCUGGCCUUGUGUAGCAGAAUGCUAGGGAGAGUUUUUUUGUUUUUCAUAUUCAGAGGCCUUUCAGCUGCCCCCAAGGUUUGUAUUACAAAGCUCCACUAGAGCUCCCAGCAUGUUUUUGCUGCAAACUCGCAUGCAUGCCACCCUCUCUUGUUUCUCUCAUUGGGUCAACGAGGUGUCUUGUAAUCGUGUAAUAUAGUUUCUAAAACCAGAGCUAUUCCUUUGGAGGGGGAUGUCACCAUAGUGGUCACCUUUCAGGCUGACUAUUUGUUAUUUGAUUAGAUCGGUCCCCCUCACACGCACUCGCACGUGCUACUGCCUUGGAGGCCCAUGAAGCUUUAAAUCUGUUAUCCAUGACUAAUGUAAUAGCGUUUUUGAAUCAUGGCAGAAUUAGGGGCCUCUUGAGAUAGUUUGAUUGAGAUAUUCAAAUAAGAGUUGUGUUCUGUAUGGACCUUUAUUUACUCAUCAGUUUUUGAUGUUGAAACACUGUGAUUAUUAUGAAUGUUGUUGGACAACAUUAGUUUAAAUGAAAGGUAGAAAUAAAAACGUGAAAAUUGGAGGGUUGUGGAGAUUAGCGUUCAUGAUAUGUAAGGCUAGCUAUUUCAUUAUUCGCAACUUAUUUGAGACACUUUAACCUUUCAUUUUUUUCUCCCCUUUUUACUUUCUUUAUAUCGAUAAAUGUGAAUGUAAAAUGGUUUCAUUUAAUGUAUUUGAAGAAACUUCCCUCUGUCCCCAUGCCCAGUGAGCUUUCUGAAGAUUCUAGUGCCUUGCAUUCAUUUAGUUUUUUUGUUUUGCUUUGGGGUUUGAUAUAUUAGGCAGAAGAGAUCCUCAAGCACUUAGUUGCAGUGCUUGUCUUUGGACUUCAAUGAGGGUGACUUUUGGUAUUUUAUGGGAAAGAAGAAUUGUUUUGGGUGCCAUUUUGAUUUGGCUAUGACUGAAACCAUUGGAUUGCACAGUCUUAAUCUUUGGGCAGUCAUGAGAACAAGUCAUGAAGAUUUUUGAAGCUUGGACUGUCAUAUGUUAGGUGCACCAAACCACAUCCAGCCAUGAAAUCAUAAGAACUUGAGUUUGACUUGGAAAAUGGAAGGGGAUUCUUUUUAACGGCUUGGUGUCUGUGAAAGUGUUAGAGGGUUGGGUUUUAGAUACUUUGUUCAAAUAAACUUGGUAUGCAAGCAAACAUAAGUGUGCCUAAUAUCAGUGCACCAUUCCAAAGCAUAGAUGAAUCAUUUGAACACUGCUUCUGACAAAAUUGCGCUGUCCUUGUUGUCUGGUUAAAUUCUUAAAGGGAUUGAGGUUAUUUAUUUUUUAAAGAGAACUAUCCCUUUAAACGCCCCAACCAGUUCUUGUAAAGGCAAGGGACCAGCCCAGAUAGAGAUGCGGGACAAGAAAAGUUAGUGCACAUGAGAACGUAUUUUGUAAGUAUUUCCAAAUAUCCAAUAGCUUGGUGUUUUUGCAAUAACUAAACAUGCAUGCUUAACUGGUUGACCGUGUUCAGUGUCAAACCCUCUCCAGUGCGUUUAGAGAGGCACGUUUGGUAUAUAAAAGCAUGUUGGACAAGUACACUCAGUUUAGUCUGUGACAGAAAGUUAAAGAAAGCACAGUAAUAGAUCCAGAAAAGUGGAAAAAGUUAGCAACCCUCACCAAAACAAGAAGUCCACCUCAUUUAAAGCGCUGGUCAAGUCUAAUGCUUAUAUUUUUAUUCCUCCAUUCCUUUGCUUUGAAUUCACACUGCCUAGACAAGUUCUCAUGCUGCUGUACUAGCAAUGGCCUGUCAGUUUUAAGACAAAUCAGUAGCUUCUUAUGGGGGAUCUUUCUCUAUUGUAGCAGUCUCUCAACAUUUAGUCAAGAACUGGUCAGAUUACUCUUGUAAAUGCUUUAGUUUAAUCCUAGUAGUAGUAAACUGUACACAGAGCUGUGACACCAGACUUCUUUUUAGAUUCUCUGUCAUAUUUGACUGCAAAUUAAUAGAGAGUGGUCCUAAUUCACUAGUAACAACUGUACAGAUCCUUAGUGCAUUUUAUUUGCCAAAUACACAAACGUAAUGCAGUGAGCUAGUGGAGACGCAUCACCUUAACUACUGAAAAUAGCUCAAUUACAACUUGUUACAUACUGCUUGGUGUACUGUCUAAGUCAAAUGUCUGGUACCGGUAAACUUCAUUUUAGGUCAACAGUAUAGAUUCGGACCUGUUUUCACUAGUCGCAACUGGCUGUGUUGUACCUCUAUAUUUAAAUAACAGUUGUUUUAACUUGAUCUCUUUUGAUUUGUACACUGCGCUUUACCUGUAGACUGCUCGGGUUUUACCCAAUCAAUUUAUCGUUACUUGUUCAGUUUGUUUAAACUUUGUCUUUAACAAAGAGGUCCCACCUACUCAGUGUUCGAACCAAUGAAAUCUGUUUAAUAUUACCUUGUGAGUGCCAAGUGCCCCGUUCCAAAUACUACGAAGUGUUAAAUUUGCUCUUCUUUACUGUAGAGGGCGCUAUUGUGACUGCAGUGCAGGACAUACAAUGUUAAAUGAGAUUCAUUAAUGUGACUACAUAGUUGCAGUUUACUAAAACAACAGAUAUGUCCCUAAACUCACAGCAUAUUUUGGGAUGCAAUACUGUUCUUUUCAUUGUUUUUAUCCAUCACUUUCCUUUUGAAAAAUGCUUUUUAUGGUGUGCUUAUGUGUAGGCCAUUCAGUACUGACAUACACAUUCAGAAUAUGAACAUUUUAUCUUGGGGGAACAAAAACAAUAAAAUGAAAAACUUUUUUUUUAUUUUUUUAUGAUAUUUUGGUUGAAUGUUACACCACCACAAGCUACAGAAAUUCACUCAAAAGUGUCUAAUAAUUGAAUGAAACUUUGUUUUACUUUCUAGUCACUCACAUGGAAAGAAAUACAACGGAACAAUGUUUACUUAAUGCUACUGACCUUUCAUUAAGUUAUUUUGUUUUGAACUACUACUUCAUUCAGUGUUUUUUCUGUAUGAUAUUUAACAUUUUACAAAAUGUAAAAAAAUAAAUAAAAAAAAAUGACAAACUGAAAACCAAACAAAAACAUGUAGGGAAUCAUCGGCAAAGUUUAACUGUAUGUUUUGCACUAAGUAUAGAAUGUUCAAGCUUCAUAUAAAUCCACGCUUUGCGCUCCAAUAAAACAGCAUUUGUUACCUUAUUUGUAAACUUAAUAAAAGUCAUUUAAAUAAA